AAUAAAUAAUAUCAAAAUGUCUGCCUUAAAGAGACUUCCUGACGAAUCAUAUCAGUUUCAUAUCAACUAAAUUUUUUGAAUGCUGCAAUAAGAAUUUUUAUCUGCACAGCAAACUGCGCGUAAAAAGACCAAAAAGCACUGGCAACAUAUCAAGUAAACGAAAUGGUGGAAUCUUCAAGUCUUGGUCGACCACUAACCACACCACAACAGCCCAUACCACAGCACUCGCCCUCCGGUAUGCGUUGCGGCACAUUGGAAACGCGUGUACGCGGCGCAUGGUAUCGUGUCUUGGUAGCACUGGAAACUGAUUUUCUGGCCAUUAGUUUGGACGAGUCAUGCGAUACGGCAAUAAGCGUAGAUCAUUCGACCACACUUAAUGGCACAUUAGGGAGUAAUCACAGUGGCCACAAUGGCUCGAUACCAUCGUCUGGCUCGAUGCAGGGCAUGGGAGCAGCAGCGAAUACAGCCGAAAUGGAUGCUUGCACGGAAAACGGUGAACAUAUGCUCAAUAAUAACACAAUGGACAAUGGCUUGGAUAUGUGCGAUGUACCUGAUCAUGUAGCAAAUCAAAAACGACAUGUGCGUAUCAUUAAAUCGGACAAUAAUGGUCUUGGUAUAUCGAUUAAGGGAGGCCGAGAAAAUCGCAUGCCAAUAUUAAUUUCGAAAAUUUUUCGUGGCAUGGCAGCAGAUCAGGCCAAAGGAUUAUACGUUGGUGAUGCUAUACUAACAGUGAAUGGCGAAGAACUCCGUGAGGCAACACAUGAUGAAGCAGUGCGUGCGUUGAAACGAGCCGGACGUGUUGUUGAUUUAGAAGCGUCCGUGCACCGUCUGCGCCACAAAAUAUGCUACAACGUACACAAGUGCUUGCAAUUUGAACAGCAAUGGCAACGGCAACAACAACAAGCAACAACAACAAUUGUAGCAAUGGCAGCAAUAAAAGUCAUAGAAAUUCGUAAAGUACAACAACAAGUAGUUGAAAUGUCACUACGAACUACACUUUUAAGAAAUAGAAAAAUGGAAUAA